UAAUCUAAAUUGUGUUAUAUUAUUCGUUUAGUUUUAACACUAUCAAUGUAUUAUUAAUGUAUUUUUCCUUUCCAAAGAGAAAGAAUGAGUAAAGAAACAACAGAUUGCAGAAAUUUCCGCAUGUUAUAUUAUGAACAACUUGGUUUGCGUAAUGUUGACCAAAAAAAAGCUCUAGAAGUUCUGUUAAAUGAAGAUCCUUUGGACCAAGAAAAGCUAAAGAUUUUUUCUCAGCAGUUUAUUCUGCCAGCUGUAUUAAGGCCUGUGGUAUGGAAAGUUUUGUUAAACAUUACUCCAAUUCACAAAGAGUCCAUGGAAUUUGUUGUUAGACAGCGACAGGGACAAUACAAUGAUUUAAAGCAGGCACUUGCAACAAUGAAAAUGAUAUCUAUAGAUCCUGAUCUUCAUGAGGAAAAUCAACCACACAAGACUAUUGUAUUAAUGUAUUUGUUAGAAAAUGGCAUGUUAAGUGUUCUACAUAAAAACAUUCGAAAAAAAGAUGGACAUAAAGUAUUUGUUUUACAAUCUAUAAGUAAGAUUGUAUGUGAAAUUAUCCAUAGCGAAUGUGAUGCAUAUUGGAUAUCCAAAUAUAUGUUUAAAGCGCAAGAACAGUUUAUUAGUUUAUUUGUGAGACUUCCGAAGUAUGUCAAAUAUUACCUACAACUUGAAGACAAACGUUUAUUUGAGCAUCUCUGUGAAAUACAAUUAUUUAAAAUGCUACCUUAUGACAAAUGGUUUCAGACAUAUUUUGCACCAGUGUUCUCAGAAUCCUUAGUUUAUUUGGAAAAGGUACUUGAUAAACUUGUUGCAGGGUCAUGUAAUAUUUUGGUGUUUGUUUUUGUUGCUAUGUUGUUGACAUUUUCGAUAAAAUUAAAAGAAGUUAAAUCUUCUGAAGAAGCUCUCAAAAUCAUAAGCUGUCUCAAUGCUGAUGCUGGACAAAAUGUUAUUGACAAAACAAUGGAACUGUGGGAACAACAUAGAAAGUCAAUUUCUGUUGAACUCGGAUGUCAUUAGUAUAAUUCUAAUAUUUGUGCAAGAAAUAACCUUAUAUAAAUUAUAUUCUUUAAUGUUAUUGACAUUUAUUGUAUACUAUGAUUUAAUUGGUUAAGCAACUAAAAUAUAACUAAAUAUUUAU